AUGAAGACAAAGGGAGGAAGACAAGUAGCACUGCGAAUCCUCGAUUAUUCUCGAUAUCUGGAUUCUGAAUUUUUAAAAGAGCCGAAAUUAGAAUUCUUAUUUACAAAGAAGCAUAGGCGCAUAAAUAGAUUUCACGGGAUUUCACAAGAUCCUACAACUAUGAAUCAUAUCCUUGUUAUGAGCUAUCGACCUGUUGAUUCAAAAGUUUAUUUGCAAGCCAACUUUACGAAAAUUACUUGGUUUAACAAACGAGAGAUUUUGAAUAUUAUCGCAUUAAGAAUUAUGUCACUUCACAGGUGGAAUAUAAUUCAUCAAAAUUUACAUAGCGAAAUAAUAGAUCAAGCCACAAAAAAAUUCUAUAUGAAUGAUUAUCAGCAAUUUCAAAAUGCAGAAGAAAAACGAAAGCAAAUGAUAGACUCUGGUACUUCAUUUGUAAAGGAACCCGGACAGAAUCAUCCAAAAUCAGUGUAUCAUGCCAGAUCAUUAAAUAUCAUUAUAGAAAUUGCAAAUGCAAUUAAAAAUUCGAGAGAUUUGUUUAACUUUGCGAAACCUUCAGCCUCCGAAAAUUCAAGUAGAACCCCUAAGACCAAAAAACAUCAGAAGCAGAAUUAUUUCCGAAAAGUAAUAAUGAAGAAAUCAAUAACUUCAUCGAAUAACCAAGCAAAAAGCAUUUUAGAGUGGAUACCGUAUGAAGAUUUUUCAAAUAUUGAUUACAUUGGAAUUGGCGGAUUUAGUAAGGUUUACAAAGCGACGUGGCACAAGGGACACAUUAAACGUUGGAAUUUAUUAACUGGAGAAGUAGUUCGUUCUAAAUCCGUGGAAGUAGCAUUGAAAGUGCUCCAUGAUUCAACGGAUAUAAAUUCAACCUUUCUAAAUGAAUUACAAUUUUUACAUUUAUUUAAAUCUAACGAAUUGGAAUAUCGCCAUAUUGUUAAAUGCUACGGAGUUUCACAGGAUCCCGAAACCAAAAAUUACAUUUUUGUCAUGCAAUAUGCAAAUUACGGAAACUUGAGAAAACUCUUGGCAACCGAAUUUAGUGACAGGGUAAAUUGGAGCCUAAAAAAAAGGGAUUUGCAUAGUGGUAAUAUAUUGGUAUCUACAAGAAAAAAAAAUGUUCACAUUUCAUUGAUCAGUGAUUUAGGGUUAAGCCAGCCUGUGAAUAAAAAGUCCGAAUCCAUUCAUGGAGUUAUUCCUUAUAUGGCACCCGAGAAUUUUGACGGAAAAUAUUUGACCCAAUCUGAUAUAUAUAGUUUGGGUAUGAUUAGAGGUGCAGACAUAUUGAG